AUGCCUGUUUCACAAAUGGCGUCGCUUCGCCGGAAGUCUUGCAGGCCAUGUGCUAAGUCGAAACGGCGAUGCACCCUCGACUUUCCCAUCUGCCAACGAUGCGUCGCCAGAAGAUUAAAGUGUGUGUAUCCUUGGGCUACGACGAAUUCAUUUAUUGCGAAUAGCAACACUUCCGGCACUGGCGCGAUAUUGGGCACUGCAGCCGCUACAUCUCAAGUCGACCAUAACCAUGAGAUCUGCAAUCCACAGUCGUUGGAGGCAACAUCAUCAACAUGGCUGACAAGCACCACAUCCAGCGACGACGCCGCGAUCAUUGGUCUUCCUAGUUAUAUGCCACUUUCUUUACAUAGUCUUGCCUCGCUGCCGAAACCAAUCUCUCCGGCCAUGCUGGCUCUCCUGCAAGAUCUCACCUGGCAGAAUACAGCUUUGUCGCCAAUGUCGGAGCUGGCCAUCGCCUCAUCAACGACAGACAUGGCUAUAAAUGCUGAUGUUUCUUGGGAUGAGGGCCCUAUUACUUCGAAUUCUUAUUACCAGCCACGUUGCGAGUAUGCAAGCCAACGAUUUGUCGCUCAAGCAAAUGCAUUGGCCGAGGUUGGACACACAACUUUCAUACACCACUCACAAAUCCCAACAUCUGCAGUUCUCCAAGACGCUCUAUCAUCCAGUGCAUUAAAUGCCAUGCGUAAUCCCUCCAACAGCGCCGUUGUGCGGAAUGUAAUCGGACAACGUGCUACCCUGCUGGUAGAUGCUGUUGACGCUGUAAUCACUCAGUCCGCGUUCACACAGAUCGACCUCUUACCGCCUAUACAGGCGUUGCUGAUCUACCAGAGCAUACGGUUAUUCUGUAUUAACGAUAUCUCCCAACGGUCGCAGGCGGAAGGACACGAGCUGCGGCUAAAAGCGUGGCUGCAGAUUCUACGCAGACAACUCCGACCCAUACGUGACAACUUGGACUGGGCGACUUGGGUGCGGGAGGAGAGCAUGCGACGAACAGUAUUUUUUGCAGAAAUGCUUAUUGCUGUACAUUGUUUUCUGAAGCACGGGUGGGAUAGAGCAGAAGCCCGCCUGGCGCCAUUGAGCUUCACUGCACAGGUAGCUUUGUGGGAGGCACAAUCAGCAGCGGAAUGGGAAAGGGCUUGGAUAGCGCUGCCGAGAAGGGAGAUUAGGAUGAUGACACUAGACCAAGAUCUGGCAUUGGUUACGCCUGCCGACGCAGAAGAGUCGACUGUUGUUUUGCGGGCAAUACACUAUGGCUUAGAUGAGGUGGGGAGGUGGUUAGGCGGCGAUGGAGAGGUUUUGCGACGAUGGGGGUUAAGGACGUGA